AUGGCUGCUAUCACUGAAGUCAAAGAUCAAAAUAAUGGAGCUGAAACCAGCGGAGCUCAUCGGACCGCUGCCCACACACAUAUCAAGGGUCUAGGGCUGGAUGAUACAGGGGUUGCUAGAGCAGUAGAAGGUGGAUUUGUAGGUCAAGUUGAAGCUCGUGAGGCCUGUGGUGUGAUUGUAGACCUAAUCAAAGCCCAAAAAAUGUCCGGUAAAGCGAUUUUACUAGCAGGUGGUCCUUCCACUGGUAAGACUGCUUUGGCUUUAGCAAUCUCUCAAGAACUGGGUCCAAAGGUUCCUUUUUGUCCAGUGGUUGGUAGUGAACUUUACUCUGUAGAAGUUAAGAAAACUGAGGCUCUGAUGGAAAACUUUAGGCGGGCUAUUGGUCUUAGAAUCAAAGAGACUAAAGAAGUAUAUGAAGGUGAGGUAACAGAAUUGACACCUGAGGAUGCUGAAAAUCCACUUGGUGGAUAUGGUAAAACCAUCUCUCAUGUUGUUGUUGGAUUGAAAUCUGCAAAAGGUACAAAGACCUUGAGACUAGACCCUACGAUUUAUGAGAGUAUCCAACGUGAAAAAGUUAAUGUUGGGGACGUCAUAUACAUAGAAUCCAAUACUGGUGCAGUAAAACGUGUCGGUAGAUCCGAUGCAUAUGCUACAGAAUUUGAUUUGGAGACAGAAGAAUACGUACCUUUACCAAAGGGUGAAGUUCAUAAGAAGAAGGAAAUUGUCCAAGAUGUUACUCUGUAUGAUUUAGAUAUUGCCAACGCAAGACCACAAGGUGGUCAAGAUGUUGUCUCCAUGAUGGGCCAAUUAUUGAAACCAAAGAAGACUGAGAUUACUGAAAAAUUAAGACUAGAAGUUAACAAAGUCGUAGCCAAAUAUAUUGACCAAGGUGUAGCCGAAUUGGUUCCUGGUGUGUUAUUCAUAGAUGAAGUCAACAUGCUAGAUAUUGAAAUAUUCACAUACUUGAACAGAGCUCUAGAAUCAAAUAUUGCUCCAAUUGUUGUAUUGGCGUCAAAUAGAGGGAUGACUACUGUAAGGGGUACCGAUGAUGUCGUAUCACCACACGGUGUUCCACCAGAUUUGAUUGAUCGUUUAUUAAUUGUACGUACAUUACCAUACAACAAACAAGAAAUCAGAUCUAUUACUGAGAGAAGAGCAAAGGUAGAGAAUCUUCAAUUGACACCUGAAAGUUUCGACUUACUAGCUGACCUGGCUAUGUCGACUUCUUUACGUUAUGUACUACAAUUAUUAUCUCCUUCUGGUAUACUUGCACAGACUGCUGGUAGAACUGAUAUAUUACCUAGUGAUAUCGAGGAAGCCAAGUCAUUGUUUUUGGAUGCCAAGACCUCCACAAACAUUCUUCAAACUACAAGUAAUUACUUAUAG